UCUGCCCCUUUGGCAUCGAGCAGGAGAUCAACUCAUGGGAUGUAGUGGAUGCAGAGUCAGGUUCAACUUUGGGAAGGCGCUGUCCAAAGUCUCGGUGUUUUUUACCAUGGUCCUGAUCUUCACCUACUUCUUCUACUGCCUCACCGGAUUGUGCGACUCGGCUCCGAGGACCCUGUACAGCCAGCGGGCUUCAGACUCAGACUAUGACAUUUUGGAGGACCUGCGACCGUCGCCGCGUCUGUUGCUGGACGCGUCCGAGCGGAACCUCACUGCGUCCGCGGACGCGCAGCGGGUUUACGCACCGGCGGAGCCCCAGCAGAGCGCGUCGGACGGAGAGAAGGGGAGCGCGCAGAGCAGCGGCAUCCCCGUCUCCAACACCUUCGGGACCAAAAGGUUUCCGCAGGCGAUUAUAAUCGGCGUGAAGAAAGGAGGGACCCGAGCCCUGCUGGAGUUCCUGCGCAUCCACCCGGACGUGAGAGCGUUUGGAGCGGAGCCUCAUUUCUUCGACCGCUUCUACGAUAAAGGGCUGGAGUGGUACAGGAACCUGAUGCCUCGAACACUGGACGGGCAGAUCACCAUGGAGAAGACACCCAGCUACUUCGUCACAAAGGAGGCUCCUGGCCGUGUCUGCACUAUGAACUGCCAAACCAAGCUAAUCGUGGUGGUCAGGGAUCCGGUUACGCGAGCCGUGUCUGACUACACACAGACUCUGACCAAAAACCCAGGUCUCCCAUCCUUUCAAAGCCUCGCCUUGAAAAACGUCUCCACUGGCCUGAUUGAUACCACGUGGAGCGCCGUUCGCAUCGGCCUCUACGCCAAGCACCUCGAAAACUGGCUCCAGCACUUCCCCUUGUCUCAUUUUCUGUUCGUCAGUGGCGAGCGACUGGUCUCCGAUCCGGCUGGGGAGAUGGGCCGAGUUCAGGACUUCCUGGGUCUUAAACGAGUGGUGUCAGACAAACACUUUUACUUCAACCAGACUAAAGGUUUCCCCUGCUUGAAGAAGCCGGAGGGAAGCAGCAAACCUCGCUGUCUUGGGAAGUCCAAAGGCAGACCUCAUCCCCAGAUCCCCGCUGAGGUCCUGCAGAGGCUCCGAGACUUCUACCGACCCUUCAACCACCGGUUCUACGAGAUGAGCGGACAGAACUUUGGCUGGGACUGACAGAAAAAUGACAGAUAACAGUGAUAUUUUUCUGGAGAGAGAAUUAAUUUGCGGUUUCCACGGGGCAAACGUUCUCAGGGAGAGAAAGAAGAGACAGAGCCGGCUCCGCCUCGGUGGAAGCAACUCGACAUGCAGCACUCAUGUCAGUGUUUUCCAGCGGGAGGAGAAGCUGACAUGGAGAACAGUGCUGCUAAUAUGCAAGUUACGCAUUUAAUGGCUUCGUUAUUAAAACAUUCCCUCAUUUGCUUGCUUGUAUGUUCUCAUGCCUUUAAAUAUAGUGUUUCAAUUUACUUUUGUUUUGUUUUUAAAAUAAGCUUAUAUUUAUACUUUCUGUUAAUAGGAAAUCCAAAUGUCACAUCUUUUUUUUUUUUUUAAUGUGUUAAAUAAAUGUAUUUAUUCCAUGACAAAGGGAGACAUAAAACUGUCAGGGCAUUGGAAAUAUUUUAAUAAUCCACAUGGCAUUGUCUUCACAUCUAUUUUCACUCAUUUACUGUUUUCAAGUGGCCUCUGGGAAGCUUCAUAUCUGAGUGCAAUGUAGCAGGGUCUCCGUUCUGUACAUUACCGUGGAUACACCAGUGAUACCUCAUCUUGUAAAUAUUACAGUGAAAACCACACAUACACACAUUCCAUAUGUAGAUAUUUUCCCCUGAAAACUGUGUUAUAUUUUAUAUUUUAAUUGCCUUGAACCAACUGCAAUCCCUGUUGCUGAGAGAAGAUAUGACUUUUUUUUGGACUGUGGUUAUUUUUGAAUCAA